AUCAGAGAACGUUACAUCGGUGGUGAGCGAAAAAAGAGAAAGAUCAGACGUAUGAAUGAGCGCAAGUUUGUGUUUGACUGGGAUGCAGGAGAAGAUACAUCCUAUGACUUCAAUCCUCUGUACGCAAAUCCCCACAAUGCACAAAUGUUUGGUCGUGGACAUAUUGCAGGUAUUGACAUUAAGGAACAGAAAAAGCAGAAAUCGGAGUUCUACAACCAAAUGUUGAAGGAGAGACGCACAGACGAAGAGAUCGAAAGAGCAGCAGAACUUAUAGAGAUGGACAAGAAGAGAGAAGCCAAGAUGAUGUGGGACGAUCGUCACUGGACAGAGAAGCCUUUGGAACAAAUGGCAGAAAGAGACUGGCGUAUUUUCAAAGAAGACUUCAAUAUCUCAACAAAGGGUGGUGGUAUUCCAAGACCUAUUCGAUCAUGGAAGGAAUCUGGGCUACCUGAUAAUGUCUUGAAGAUCAUCGAUCAGGUUGGUUACAAGGAACCAACACCUAUUCAGAGACAGGCAAUCCCCAUCGGAAUUCAGUGCAGAGAUAUUAUCGGCGUUGCAGAAACAGGUUCUGGUAAAACUGCCUCUUUCGUUAUUCCUUUGUUGGUUUACAUCUCGGAUCUUCCAAAGUUGACAGAGGAAAACAUGUCAGAUGGUCCUUAUGCACUUAUCAUGGCCCCAACUCGUGAAUUGGCUCAACAGAUCGAGCAAGAAACACUCAAGUUCUGUACACCUCUUGGAUUCAACUGUGUGUCCGUUAUUGGUGGUCACGCUAUUGAAGAACAAUCUUUUAAUUUGCGUAAUGGUGCCGAAAUUAUUAUUGCUACUCCUGGUCGUCUCCGAGAUUUCUUGGACCGUCGAAUUUUAGUACUCAAUCAGUGUACUUAUGUGGUCAUGGAUGAAGCCGAUCGUAUGAUUGAUAUGGGUUUUGAGACUGAUGUCAAUUUGAUUCUGGAUGCCCUGCCAGUAUCCAAUGUCAAGCCUGAAGGAGAUGAGGCAGAAAACAUUGAAGCUUUGAUGGUAACAAACAGUGGUCGCAAGUUCCGACAAACCACUAUGUUUUCAGCUACCAUGCCUCCUGCAGUAGAACGUCUCGCAAAGAAGUAUCUGCGUCGUCCUGCAGUAGUCACAAUUGGUCAGGCCGGUCAGGCCGUCGAGUCAGUUGAACAGCGUGUGGAGAUGAUCAAUGAUGAGAAUAAGAAGAAGAACCGUCUUUUGGAGAUCCUCAAUUCUGGAAACUAUGCACCACCAAUUAUUAUCUUUGUUAACCAAAAGAAGGGUGUGGAUGUUCUUGCAAAGGCGCUCAACAGACUGGGUCACCAAGCUGUUACUUUGCACGGUGGUAAAUCUCAGGAACAGAGAGAGUCUGCUCUUUCUCAAGUAAAAACAGGAUCGGCCGAUAUACUUGUGGCUACCGAUGUCGCUGGUCGUGGUAUUGAUGUCAAAAACGUUUCUCUGGUUAUUAACUACGACAUGGCCAACAAUAUUGAAGACUACACCCAUCGUAUCGGUCGUACUGGUCGUGCAGGAAAGACUGGUGUAGCAAUAACCUUCUUGUCAAAUACCGACACAGAGGUUAUGUAUGACCUGAAACAGAUGAUGGUAAAAUCACCUCUUUCAAAAGUGCCUCCUGAACUUGCCAACCAUGAAUCUGCUCAGACUAAAGGAGGCGUAGUUAAGUCAAAGAAGAAACACGAAGAGACAUUAUUCCAAUAAGCAGAAGCCUCUCUCGACCAGCAAGUUUCUUUUUUUCUUUCUUUUUUAUCUUUUAUUUUUAUUGUUAUUGUUACUAUUAUAUACACAUGCACAUGCACACAC